AUGGCUAAAAUGGAUCUCGGAACAAAUAACAAGCUUCUUCCCAUCUUUGGCUUGCUUGUUCAACUUACGCACAGCAAACCGCCCCUCGACAAGUUGAGAACACACUGGCAACUUACGGCACUUGAUUCCGCUUCGGGAGUUUUUAAUGCAGACAUCCUUGCCGCACUGUCGCCCCCAUAUCCGCAUCUGGACCUCAACUUCCGUCCCGAUCAAGCCAAUAUCGUCUCCGUGACCCUGUCUGCGGCAUCAGCCACACCGUUCCCCAUCUUUCCCCCCUUUAGUGCCAUGUUCGACGUCGCAACCUGUCCAGACCAAGUCCCCGUCAACAAGCAGGACACGAGGUUGAUGGGGAGCAUCGGAACGCUAAUAAACCAGCCGGGCUGGCUUGGACGCGAGGACUAG